CCGGGUUCGGCUGGAGGUCCCGGAGCGAGGGGGGGAGGCGGACACGACUUCGCGGGGGAGCUCUGAGCACGGCCCCUUCCCCCUCAUGGAGAAGUUGGAGGCUGCUGCUUUGCUUCCCGGGCGCAGCGGGAAACAGAGGGGCCCUGGGGCCCCUCCUCUCCGACCCCUGCUCCUGUCCCGCCAUCCCCGUUCCUGGCUGCUGCCCCCGUCCCCACUCCGGGCCCUUCUUCUGUUGGCCUUUGAGGACUCCAGCCCCCCUGCUGCUGAUGGGUUCAGAGAUGGGCAGUGAGAAGGAGCAGAGUCCGGAAGCACCCCUGCCCGAGGAAGGGGAAGGGGGGAAGCCAUGGCGAGUGGAUGACCCGGAGGGUCCUCGGAUCCCACCUCAGGAGGAGAGCCUGUCAGAGGGGCCGCAAGGAACCCACCCCCAGACACCUUGGCAGAAAGCUGCUGCCCCGGCCGGAGAGCCAGGGAGCCCCGUCGCUCACCCGCGGCCCGAGGCAGACGGGAAGCCCUUUACCUGUGCCCAGUGCGGCAAAACCUUCAAUAACACCUCCAACCUGAGGAUGCACCAGCGGAUCCACACCGGCGAGAAGCCUUACAAGUGUUCCGAGUGCGGCAAGAGCUUCUCCAGGAGCUCCAACCGCAUCCGGCACGAGCGGAUCCACCUGGAGGAGAAGCACUACCAAUGCCCCAAGUGCCAGGAGAGCUUUCGGCGGCGCUCGGACCUCACCACCCACCAGCAGGAUCACCUGGGCAAGCGGCCCUACCGCUGUGACAUCUGCGGCAAGAGCUUCGGCCAGAGUGCCACGCUGGCCGUGCACCGCCGGACCCACCUGGAGCCAGCGCCCUACAUCUGCUGCGAGUGCGGCAAGAGCUUCAGCAACAGCUCCAGCUUCGGCGUGCACCACCGCACGCACACGGGCGAGCGGCCUUACGAGUGCGCCGAGUGCGGCCGGACCUUCAGCGACAUCUCCAACUUCGGGGCACACCAGAGGACCCACCGCGGGGAGAAGCCCUACCGGUGCACUCUCUGUGGCAAACACUUCUCCCGGAGCUCCAACCUCAUCCGCCACCAGAAAACACACCUGGGCGAGCAGGCUGGCAAGGAUUCCAGCUGAAGAGGGGUCCCAUUUAGACAGGGAGACAGCACGAGACCCAACCUAAUGGAGGAAGUCGAUCUUUAGGGUAUGUCGCUGCCACUUGACCUCUAGCCCUUCCAUCCCACCUUGGGGGAUGGUGAUUACAAUGAAGCCCAGAUCUCCAGGAAGGCGUUAAAAGGGGCUCUGAAUAACAAUCCUUGCCUCUUGGCAGGAGGUUUCUUGCCCUGGAGAGUCAGAGGCCCCAGUUCUGGCUUCUGCUGCACGGGGUGAACAAGGAAUGGGGUGAUUGCAGAACAUGCUUGGGCCAUUAGGGCAGCAGCCCCCUGGCCUCCCAGGAAGUAGCUGUAAGAUGGGGGUCACAUCUGAAGGUCCUCCAUACUGUGAGCCACUUAGGGUGCAGCACCAUGGCCUGCUGGUUCCCCCUGCAGUCCCUGAUGUAGCUUCCAGAUGCCCGGGCUGCAAGGAACAGCCUUCCCAGUGGGAGGGGUCUCCUUUACCUGGAGAAGAGGUUUGAGGUCCUGCCUCAGGGAAGCCCUCAGGGAGCCAUGGUCCAGGAACCUUCACACUACCCCAUGUUUGUACCCAUUCUCCCCACCCCGACCUGCAUCUGUGUCCUCGGAGAGAUUGGCAGUAAACCUUUCAAUGAAAAAGACCUGUGUACUUAUUCGGGGAAGUGGGAAGCUGGGGAGAUUGUCCCAGUGCAGCUGUUGUGGAAGGAGUUGAAGUCUAGGAUGGAUGGACAGACAGCUGCUCUGAAAGCAAAGGAAAGUUUGCUGAGACCAGGGCCUUUGGGGAGAAGGGGGAAACGUGGGACCUGGCAUUAAUCAAGCAUGCAGUCUGUGCUGUUGGUUCUACCCGCCACGAUGACAUCCUUUAUCUCGUGCAGCUGUGACAGCCACCCUCAAGGGUAUGUGAUGAGGAAAGAGGAGGUUCUUUGCAGUCUCGCAGCAGGUGUGUGGUGGAGGCAGCGUUCCAACCUGGUUGUCCUGCUCCUUCCACUCCACUCAUCUGGGUGGCUUCUGGAGGAGCCGCUUGGGAGUCUGGCUGGAGGUGGCAGCCAGUGUGGCCUCUUGCUCUGGCCCUGGGCAGUUGGCUCUGUGGGAAGUGAGAACCUUUUGAACUUCAGAUGAACAAUUGAUGCUAUGCCUAGGACAAAUGGCAAAAGCAGGGAAUGGGAGGAGGAGUUGGGUGAGGCGAGAGAAAUCGAAGACCCAUAAUGAGAGUCCCUGCCUUGAGUGGCAGUUGUGCAGUCCCCACGGCUGGGACAGCUUGGCAGGCAUCAGGCCUGGCUUCUUGUCUUGGGUUACAGCUGGCUGCACGUGGCAGGCUAGAAUAUUCCAUGUGGAAGUCUAGCACCCACACAGCUUUCCUCUAACAAGUACAACAGACCCCUCUGUACCUCUCUUGUCAGGCUGGAGCCCUGAGCUGCUAGAAUGAGGCCUCUCCUCACUGGUAGCCAGUGGGCAGAGUGUGACCACCUGGCUGUCCGAUUUGGGCCCUGCCUCUUGCCCGGGAAGGGAUAUAUGCCUUUACGUGAGCUUUACACUCAUCAUCUUAGUGAAUUCUCACCACAGCCCUGUGAGGUAAGAAUUGCCUGUACUUGACAUCAUGGAACCAGGCUGACAGACAGCUAGGAGCUGACCCUGGAAUUUUUUUGAACUACAGAGGAAGCCUUCCUCAGUGAUUCUCUUAAACUGAAUUCUCUCUUUACAAUUUAUAUGCACUUUCAUUCUGCACACAUUUUCCCACUCCUUGAGAACGUCUACACAAAGUAUUUUAAGCAUGUGAUCACCCUGU